AUGGACGCACUUUUCUUCAAAGCCGAACACCUCCGACUACUGUGGAGUGAAUAUCGAAGUGCUAAUGAAGGCGUUGAUAGAGAUUACGGAGAUCAGUCAGAGUGGGCACGAAGUAAACUACAGAAAAUUCUAACCGAGUUCGAUAAACUUAUCCAAGAACAAAUUCUUUGGAAAUCUACACUAUCCGCCGACAUAGAAGACCUAUUGGUUGAAAUAGAAGAGUAUUGUCAAUUAUUUGGUCGAAACGUAGACACAAUAAUACCACAUGCCGCUUCUUUAAGCUACGAGUUAAAUGAUAAUACGCGUGACAGACUUAAGAUCAUUCGAGAUUCGCUAAGAGAGGAAGUCAAUACGACGCGAACUAACGUUAAUAACUGGAUAACUCACCUUGCGUCUUUCGUUAAAGAAUUGGAGAGUGAAUACCAAGUUCCAUCAGAGGAGGUUUUUGAAACUGAUUUGGGCAAUUCGGUUGUUCAACCGGUGUGGUACAAAUAUGAUGAAAUGGUUCGCAUUGUGGCGCCAAUGCGCGAAUCAUUUGAAGAGUCUGCGAUCCAACUGCACCACUAUUGGACUAUGCUCAAUUACACCCCUCAAGAUCAGAUAGAUGAGGCACUGUUUGAAUUAUUUGCUAACAAAAAUAAUCCAAAAGAACUUUUUGAGGUUUUACAAGAAACUCUGAAAACCAGAAUGAUGAAUGCAAGCACUGACGAGGUCGAUGGUGACGAUGAGGGUGAGGCAGAGAUAGAACGACAAAUAAGAGAACUUGGGUCACGUGAUUAUGUGUAUUAUAAGGUUGAACUCCCGCAAGGAUUAAGGUUGAAUAAAGAGCAAUUAGAAAUUCUCAAGAGUAAAAUAGACGUAUUUGAGAAGGAUUACGUGGUUCGUAAAGGCAGACUUGAUAUGUUACAGAAGGGUGUCUUAAACCUUUAUAAUGAGUUAAGUAUACCAGAAGAAGAAAGGUUGGAAAUGAUAGAUUCUCUUGAUGAAGAAUACAUAGAGCAGUUGACCCUAGAGUUCGAACGUCUAAGGGAAAUCAUGCGUGCUAUUAUCCAAAAGGCUAUUGAGGAGUACACCGUUCAGUUGGGUGAACUAUGGGAUAAAUGUUUGGUGCCUCAAUACGAACGUGAAGAGUUCUUUGAAAAUUUAAGACAACUUGAAUCUUCCGAAGAAGUGUACGAAUUGUUGGCUCAAGAAGUCGCUCGCUUACAGGAACUUUAUGCCAAAUGUGCCAAGAUUUACAGAUGGAUGCUGGAGAGACGUGCAUUGAUCGAGAAAAUGAUUGAUUUUGAGAAAAAAGCAUCCGAUCCUAAGCGUCUAUUCCAAAGUUCCUUCCGAUUAUUGGAAGAAGAGAAGUGGCGAAAAUCAUGUUGGCCAAACCUAGUGAAGAUUGAAGAUCAGUUGAUUAACGCCUGUAUCGCUUAUGAAGAUUCCGAGAGGAAACCGUUCAUGCAUGAGAGUAAACGAUACUUGGAUACCUUGCAAGGUGAAAUCUCUGAACGUAUCGUAAACCAGAUGUUCUUUGGGUUUGAAAAGGAUGCCGCCAAGGGAUCCAAGGAUCAAAAACCUGGCAAGAACAAUAAGAACACGACAUCACCACCUAAACGGCAGGAUAGUAAAUCGAGUUCUAGAGUUGCAGCUAGCCGGCCGGUCUCACCCACGUUUUCGGUGAACGGUGACACUCCAUCUCGUAAGAGUAAUAGUUUAAAUGUACCAAGGCACACACCAAGUCGACCGGUAUCACCAGGUCCCUCCAACAAUGGAAUACGUUCUCGCAGGAAUAGUCAAGUUCCAAAGCUUGCGCCCAGUCGAUCUGUAUCACCUUCCAGUUACUCACGGAGAAAUGCCGUGUCGCCCGCUCGAUCUCUUGCCUCAUCUCGUGCAGUUUCGCCCGUGCGUUCAACUUCACCAACACCGAAUAGGAAACGCGAUAGCAUGUACGCGAUGAGUUCCACGGACUCAACAUCAUCUAACACUUCAGCUUCGCGGCGGUCAUCACUUUAUGUGAGAAAUACGGACGAAGUGAACGUCAAAAAUGGUCAAAAGACAAGCGGAUCAACCGACGAAAAAGUUAGAAGAUCCGCCAAAAGUGCACAACGUAGUAAUAGUGUUUCCAGUAAUUCAAGCGAGUCUUCGUCGGUUUCAUCUGUCGCUACGCCAACCACGCCAGAACCAUCAUCAUCACAAUCGUAUGUGGUUAAUGGGCGAUUGGGCGUGCCAGUAACUUCAUCAAAGACCAAAGCACAAUCAGAAGAAACUGAUAAAGUUAAGGCUUCGCCAGCUAAGAUACCGACGAGGGCAUCGACGCUUAAUCCAUCAUCAUCAGCAACAAGACGAUCAUCUACUACUUUACCAAAGGCUCGACCGAAAAGCGUCAUCGGUGGCAUUACUUCUGAGCCAUCAGCUAUGCUGAAGAAACAAACGACGAAAAGGAUGUCGAUGAUAUUCGACAGUGGUCAUUAA